AUGUCGGUUGGACCGAGUCCUAUGGCCGUAAAACGUCUGAAACAAGACCUGAUAGAUAUGGAAAACGAUCCUACACCAGGACAAUGGGCAAAGCCUGAUCCGGCCAAUCUCAUGAAAUGGUGGUACUGUAUCAAAGGCCCAAAAGACACUCCUUACGAACGCGGUUAUUACGUUGGCCACCUCAUGUUUCCAAAAGACUACCCCUUCAAAGGCCCAGAAAUCUAUAUGAUGACGCCAAACGGUCGACUAGCUACCGGUAGAAAGCUGUGUCUGUCGAUUUCAAGCUACCACCCAGAAACGUGGUCGCCGAUGUGGGGCCCACGAACGAUCAUCAAUGGCAUCUCCUCAUUUAUGGCCGAGGAGUCAGUGGGGAUCGGAAGCAUGCUAGAGUCCAAUGAGAAACGACAGAAGCUCGCUGAUGCAUCAGGAGAGUGGAAUAAGAAGAACUUCAAAGACUUCCACGAAUAUUUCCCAGAAGCACUUGGCGAGAUCCUUGACAAAGAAGAUAGCAACAAAUCAGCAGGCCCUUCUAAGAAACCUCCAAAGAAAUCUUACCCAGACAACACUGCGGAAGUCGAGAAAAUCAAGGAAGAUAGAAAAGCUAAAUUGGCGAGACUUCCGCUUGUUCGAAAUCUUCCUCAAUUUCCAGCGCGCAAAAAUGCUCGUGCCGGGGCACUGCAACCCCCAGCAAAGGCGGAGAAAAAACCUGAGCAAGCUGCCCCACCUAGCCCAAAACGCGUUCGACCAGUUCAAACCCAAGCGAUUAUAAUCGACUCCGACGAAGAGGACAAGCCACAGCCACUUCAAAAUCCACCGAAGAAAAAGAAAAACGACGACGUGAUCGUCAUCGACUAA